AUGUACUACGUGGGUAUAGAUACAGACAAGAAGUUCAACGUUCCUGGAUUCUGGCCAGACCCUGCUACUCUCAACAAGAUACCCAAGGAAAAGUACGAAAUACAAGCGGAACUGGCUAGAAUGAAGGAGGCUAGGAUAGAGAAGAGGAAGAGAUUGGAAGAAAAGGCCAAGGCUCUGGGUAUUGAUCUUGACGACGAAGAGUAA